AGGUGCGCGGCGCACCGCAGUGGCAGCGCCGCGCGGGUGGCGGCGGCGGCUCAACACCCCCGACCAAAAACCCUAGCGCCGUCCUCGCGCCUCCUCCUAUAUAAACACAGACACUUCCGCGGCCCGGCACCGCGCCGGAGACAGAGCAGAGCACGCCGUCGCGACUCCGGAGACAGAGCAGAGCACGCCGUCGCGACUCCCUCGGCCCCCUCUCACACGCUCCCCUGUGAUUCCGAGAGGACAGAGCGACGAUGCCGCGCGCCGCCGUCACCACGCUGCUCUCGCUCAGCCGGAGGAGGGGCUACGCGGCCGCAGCGGAGGUGCGUGUGCGCGCGCCGGCGGCGGCAAUGGCGGCGAGAGCCCCGGGCGCGGGCGGUGCCGCUGACGGCGCGUCGUCGUCCAAGGAGGUGUUCUGGAUGAGGGACCCCCAGACGGGGUGCUGGGCCCCCGAGGACCGCUUUGCCGACGUCGACGCGGCCGAGCUCCGUGCGCGCCUGCUCGCCAGGAAGGACUAGAGGAGGCUUGGCGUCGCAUCUAAUCCAUUGAUGAACACCUUGAUUGGACGCAAAAAUUCAAACUGACUAGUAUCCUACAUUCGCUAGAAAUCGACGUAGCGAGUCUCAAAACUAAACCAGUUCAAACCAGGGAAAUGUCAAGCAAAUUACUCUGUUAUUAGGAAGAAAAAAGAAAACUGCUUUUGUUACUCUCCGAGGUUCCAGUUUCUCUUCCAGUGAAAAAGAUAUUGUUGGUCGUCUUCUUCA